AUGGGCUCCCCCUCCAUCGCUUGCAUUGGCAUCAUUGGAAAACUUAACGAGCCUCUCCAUAUUUCAAUAUUCCCACCCCAUGAAGCCUCCAGGCUCGAGCUCUCACUUCUCUUAAACUCAUGUCUCGACCUCUUUGAGAUACGCCGGAAGCACACAUCGGUUGAUCAGGAUUUGGGUUUGUUGCAUGCCUUUGACGAACGAUUCGCAGCCUAUGGCUGGCUCACAAACACCGAUGUGAAAUUUUUAAUAAUCGUGGAUAUGAGCGGGCAACCCGUAUCGGGAAGGGAUGAGAAGAAAGUCCCACCCCUUGUUGGCCUUCGCGAUUCAGAUUUGAAGCCGGCAAGUUGA